CGUUGCCAGAGUAACCCCUGGCUGGUUACUAGCUCCGCUUUUGUCCUCCUUGCACCUCAGCGGGCACUCUUCCACGCAAGCAGUUCUAGGCAUUGGCCUGCUUUCGCCUGGGGUCCUCUGCCUUCCGUCCUAGCUUUGCCACACUGCACUGUGCCCUGCUUUGCUCGCUCCCUCUAGCCCACCCAGAGCUGGAGAGCACAGUUUUCAGCUUAUGUGGAGAAGUUGUGGAAGCCACAUAUAAAUCCAUUUACUGAAUUUAUGGAGAAGCCUGCAAACGAUGGAAGUCCUUCCGAAGAACUAUUUUCCCAUUUUAAAAGUAGACCAGAGAACGAAUGUUUACCACAGCGUGCCAGGGAAAGUCACCUCAGCUGUCUAAAGCCGGACAUCCUAAAUGAAAAGACUGAACUGGAGGCGACAUUUAAGGAAGCUGAGUUGGCAACCUGUUCUGUAGAAUUGCUUUUGCCAUUAUUUAAGAAUACCGUUGAAGAAAUUAGUUUUGAAAAUGCUAAUCUUUCUGCAUCCAAUUUGAAGAAGAUUUUUGAACAGAAGGAAAUAUUGACAAAAGAAUUAGACACCUUUAAAUGUGUAAAACAAGCUUUAGAACAUCUUCUUAGAAAGACAGAGUAUCAACAAAUAGGCGACGGUUUAUGCAACAUGUUAGAAAAGCUAACUGAUAAUGAAAGUGAAAAUACUAAUCUUAAGAAGAAGAUACUUGAAAAGGCGACCUAUAUCCAAGAACUUUCUCAUUUGUUCCAGAAUGAAAAGGCAAACACUUUGAAAGCAAACCGUUUUUCACAAUCAGUUAAAGUAGUACAUGAACGACUACAGCUCCAAAUUCAUAAAAAGGAAGCAGAGAAUGAUAAAUUAAAAGACUACAUAAAGAGCUUGGAGACCAAGAUAGUCCAAUGGAACUUGCAAUUGAGAAAGAAUAAGCAUGAGACUAUAGCAAUGAAAGAAUGGAGUAGGAAAAAAGCUAUAGCCUUAAAAAAGGCAUCUAAAGUUUACAAACAAAGGCUUGAACACUUUACCAGGGACAUUGAAAACCUUACUUCCCAAAUUACAGAUCAGGAAGCCAAGUUGUCUGAAGCAAUUUCAGCUUCCAAUGCCUGGAAAAGUCAUUAUGAGAAAAUUUUAAUAGAAAAAACUGAAUUGGAAGUUCAGAUAGAAACAAUGAAAAAGCAAAUCAUUAAUCUUUUGGAAGACUUGAAGAAAAUGGAAGACCAUGGGAAAACUUCAUGUGAAGAAAUUCUUAGAAAACUUCACUCAAUUGAAAAUGAAAAUGAAACUCUGAAUCUCGAGAAUACAAAAUUAAAGACUACACUUGGUGCUUUGAAGGAGGAGGUGGUUUCUGUUGAAAAUGAACUCUUAGAAUUGGAAGAAGUAGAAAAAGAACAGAAAACCCUUAUUGAAGAGUAUAAAACUCAGAUACAAACAUUGCAAGAAGCAGCUGAAAUUGUAAAAAGCAGAUGUGAAAAUUUGCUAAGUGAAAAUAACCUGAUAAGAACAAACAAAAAUAAGGAAUUAGAGAAGGUUGAUUACAAUCACAAUCUUCUGACGAAGCUUUCUCUAGAAGAGGAAAAUUAUCUUAUUCAGUUGAAGUGUGAAAACUUAAAACAAAAAUUAGAACAGAUGGAUGCAGAAAAUAAAGAGCUGGAAAAGAAGCUGGAAAACCAAGAAGAAUGUCUUAAGCACAGCAAUCUUAAAUUUAAAGAGAAGUCUGCAGAAUAUACAGCAUUGGCCAGACAGCUGGAAGCUGCUUUAGAAGAAGGAAGAGAAAAGGUUUCUGAAGAAAUAGAGAAAAUGUCAUCUAGAGAGAGAGCUUUACAAAUUAAAAUAUUAGAUUUGGAAGCUGAGCUUCGAAAGAGAAAUGAAGAACAAAAUCAACUUGUUUGCAAAAUAAACAGUAAAAUACAACAUCAGGAAGUAUGUUUGAAAGAAAUACAACAUAGUAUUGAAAAGUCGGAGAAUCAAAACGAGAGUAUUAAGAAUUAUUUACAAUUUCUUAAAACUUCUUAUGUAACAAUGUUUGGAUAAAUUGUUGAAUUUAUUUUCUAUAAGUAGUAGGUUUUCACUGUGAGUCUAAAAGUGACUAGGUAAAAAAUAAAUAUACUAUCUGUUAUACUUUAUGAUUCGUGGGUGGUAGUAUUGGAGUUUUCUGUAAAGAGUUUUGAAACAUAGUCUAUUAUCCAAUUGAAAAUUUAAAACAGGAUAGAUGUUAGUAUUUUUUGUGCUGGAUAAUUUUCACUUAGCUCUGCUUUAAUUUCUAUUGAUGUUAUGUCAGUUUUUAGAAUAUUUUGUAUACACACACAAAAGAAUCCAAAAUCAUUCUUUGUGUGUCGGUAGCCAUUGUCCAAGUGAAUUUGUAAUAAAUCUAGGCUAAUUAUGAGCCAAACACAUGAUUUAAAAUAAUGUGUAUAAUUGUUUUACAUUGUGCUGUAUAUAUACAUAUUUAUAAAUAUAAUAAAGGAA